AUGAGGAAGGAAAAAUCAGACGACGUCAACGCUGAAAUUCUGGAAACUUUCCGUAAGGUACAAGUUAAUAUUCCAUUAAUUGAUGCAAUUAAACAAGUGCCUAGAUAUGCUAAGUUUUUAAAAGAAUUAUGCACAUAUAAAAUAAAAUUGAUUGGAAACGAGAGGAUUGGUUUAGGUGAAAAUGUAUCCGCGGUAUUUCAAAAGAAACUCCCACUUAAGUACAAAGAUCAUGGAAUGUUUUCGAUACCUUGUAAGAUAGGAGGCCUUAAAAUUGAUAGUGUUAUGCUCAAUUUAGGAGCCUCUAUAAAUGUCAUGCCUAGGAGUAUCUAUGACAAGGUACACUUAGGUUCAUUAAAAGAAACGGGAUUGAUAAUUCAACUUGCUGAUAGGAGUAAUGCCUACCCCGAUGGCAUCUUAGAAGAUGUCCUAGUGCAAGUAAACGAGUUAGUCUUUCAGGUCGAUUUUUAUGUCUUGGACAUGGGACCUAAUAUUAGUUCGAGUGAUGUACCCUUACUCCUAGGUAGACCUUUUCUUAAGACCUCUAGAACAAAAAUUGAUGUACAUAGGGGGAACUUAACUAUGGAGUUUGAUGGUGAGAUAAUAAAAUUUAACAUAUAUGAUGCUAUGAGAUAUCCCACCGAUAUUAAUUCUGUGUAUGCCCUUGAUGUAAUUGAUAAUCUUGUUCAAAAUGUCUAUAAAUUAGGAGAGGAUGAUGAGUUAGAGAGUGUUCUAACUAAAAGUAUUUUUGAUGCCGAUAUGAAUAAUCAUGAAUUUGUUGUUUCUAAUUUUUUGAUUGAUUCGGUUUGUGUAUUAAAUUCUCCUCAAUUGACAUACUCUAAACUGAUUUUCCCUAGCAUUGAGGUGACCGAUAAACAAAUUCCCUCACUAAUUUCACCACCUAAACUUGAGCUAAAAGGGCUGCCCGAAAAUUUAAAGUAUAUCUAUUUAGGUGAGAAUCAAACUUUGCCGUUGAUAGUGUCGAAUGCCUUGACCGAAAUCCAAGAGUCCAAGCUGAUUAGAGUUCUUAGGGAGCAUAGGGAAGCUUUCGGUUGGACACUAGCUAAUAUUAGGGGACUUAGUACAACCUUGUGCACUCACAAGAUAGCCCUAGAACCAAAUUCAGCCCCUAAGAGAGACCUCCAACGCCGAUUGAAUCCACCAAUGAUGGAGGUGGUUAAGAAAGAAAUUUUAAAAUGGUUAGAGGCUAAUGUUAUCUAUCUUAUAGCUGAUUCAGAAUGGGUUCCAAUCGCACCCGAGGAUCAAGAAAAGACCACUUUCACUUGCCCGUUUGGAACCUAUGCCUUCAAGAGAAUGCCUUUCGGAUUGUGCAAUGCACCGGCCACAUUUCAAAGAGGUAAGGAUGUCACAUUUGAAUUUAAUGAGAAUUGUAAAAAAUCUUUUGAUGAAUUGAAACUAAAAUUGAUCACAACACUUAUCAUUCAAGGACCAAAUUAUGCAUUACCCUUCGAGAUUUUAUGUGAUGCUAGUGAUAGGGCUGUUGGUGUGGCACUGGGACAAAGAAAUGGUAGAGAGUCCUAUGUAAUUAGGUAUGCUAGUGAGCUAUUAAACCCAGCUCAAUGCAAUUACACCACAACCGAGAAAGAACUCUAUGCCAUAGUCUUUGCCUUAGAGAAAUUUAGAGCAUACUUGUUAAGAGUUAAAGUCAUUGUAUUUUCUAAUCAUAGUGCUCUUAAAUACUUACUGCAUAAGAAAGAAGCCAAGCCUAGAUUGAUUAGGUGGAUUUUUCUCUUGCAAGAAUUCGACUUAGAGAUUAAAUAUAAGAAGGGUAAAGAGAACUUUGUGGUUGAUCAUUUGGGUAGGAUAAAGACCGGGGAUGUGAGGAGUGAGCCCAGUGAUCUAUUUCCUGAUGAGAGACUUUAUAGUGUGUCUAGUGCCUUACCAUGGUAUGCCGACAUGGUGAACUACUUAGUGACCAAAGAGUUUCCCACGAAUGCACCUAGACACUUGAGGAAAAAAAUUACAAGUCAAUCCCGAUUCUACUUGUGGCAUGAGCCAUACCUUUGGCGAUUUUGUAGCGACCAAACGAUUAGGCGUUGUGUCGAUGAUAGUGAGAUAGAAUUCGUGCUUAAUUUUUGUCAUUCUCAAGAGGGUAGAGGACAUUUUGGACCAAAGAAAACAACCUAUAAGAUACUUGAGUGUGGGUUAUUUUGGCUGACCAUUCAUAAGGACUCAUAUGCAUUUUGUAAAAAUUGUGCAUCAUGUCAAAGAAUCGGUAACUUAAGUAGUAGAAAUCAAAUUCCAUUACAUAAUUUCUAUGUUUGUGAUAUAUUUGACGUGUGGGGCAUUGAUUUUAUAGGGCCUUUCCCUUCCUCUUUCGGUUAUUUAUACAUUCUUGUGUGUGUUGAUUACUUGUUGAAAUGGGUAGAAGCAUUUCCAACUAGGAUCGAUGAUGCUAAAACCAUUGUGAAACUUCUUAAGGCCAACAUCUUGAAUAGGUAUGGGGUACCAAGGGCUAUAAUUAGUGAUAAGGGAACCCACUUUUGUAAUUGA